AGAGGAACAGCAAUAAACCCAGAACCCUCCUCCUCCACUUCCUCUCUUUCGUCUCAUGUAAUCAGAGUCCAAUAACCAGAAGAACUGGUUGUAAAAACACUGUUUCCCGCCAUUUGCGAAUCAACCAGCCUACCUCUUCUUUCUCCGCGCACCAUUUUUUUUUUUUAUGACUUUUCAUAUCAGUCUGAGUUAAUAGACUCCCUGCUUUUUUUUUUUUUGUAAUUUUCAAAUUUUUAAAAGGGAAAAGAUGAGCACGGUGGACAAGAUGUUAAUCAAAGGAAUCCGGAGCUUCGACCCCGAGAACAAGCACGUCAUCACUUUCUUCAAGCCUUUAACCUUAAUCGUCGGCCCAAAUGGCGCCGGCAAAACUACCAUUAUAGAGUGCUUGAAGCUUUCUUGUACUGGAGAAUUGCCCCCAAAUGCCAGGUCUGGUCAUAGCUUCGUUCAUGAUCCCAAGGUUGCAGGAGAGACGGAGACAAAGGGGCAAAUUAAGCUCCGGUUCAAGACAGCUGCAGGCAAGGAUGUUGUAUGCAUAAGGUCUUUUCAACUGACCCAAAAGGCAUCAAAGAUGGAGUAUAAAGCAAUUGAGAGUGUGCUGCAAACAAUAAAUCCUCACACUGGAGAGAAAGUUUGCCUGAGCUAUAGAUGCGCUGAUAUGGAUAGGGAAAUACCUGCUUUAAUGGGUGUUUCUAAAGCCAUUUUAGAAAAUGUUAUAUUUGUACACCAAGAUGAAGCCAACUGGCCAUUGCAGGAUCCUUCUACACUGAAAAAGAAGUUUGAUGAUAUCUUUUCGGCUACCAGGUAUACAAAGGCAUUGGAGGUUAUUAAGAAACUUCACAAGGAUCAGGCUCAAGAGAUAAAAAGUUAUAAGCUGAAGUUGGAGAAUCUUCAGACCUUGAAAGAUGCUGCAUAUAAGCUUCGGGAAAGCAUUUCUCAGGACCAAGAAAAAACAGAAUCUUUGAAAGGUCAAAUGCAGGACUUGGAAAACAGCAUUCAGAAUGUGGAUGGUAAUAUUCACCAUACUGAAGCAACAUUGAAAGAUUUACGGAAAUUACAGGACCAGAUAUCAAUAAAGACUGCACAAAGGAGCACUUUGUUUAAAGAGCAGCAGAAACAAUAUGCUGCCCUUGCUGAGGAAAAUGAAGAUACUGAUGAAGAGUUGAAGGAAUGGAAAACCAAGUUUGAAGAAAGGAUUGGAAUUUUGGAGAUUAAAAUUAGCAAGUUGGAGAGAGAAAUGAAUGACACAGAAACAAAAAGUUCUUUCCUGAAGCGGACUAUAAACGAUUAUAUCUUGGAGAUCAGCAAGCUGCAGACUGAAGCUGAAGCUCAUGUUUCCUUGAAGAAUGAACGAGAUUCAACUAUCCAGAAACUAUAUGCAAAGCAUAAUUUGGGGUUUCUUCCAAAUGCCCCCUUCAGUACUGAUGUUGUUUUGAACCUCACAAAUCGAAUAAAAUCAAGGUUAACAGAUCUUGAGAAAGAUUUGCAAGAUAAAAAGCAAUUGAACGAAAUAGCUCUUAAAACAGCUUGGGAUCAGUACAUGGAUGCAAGUGAUCGUUGGAAAAGCAUGGAGGCUCAGAAGCAAGCUAAGGCUGAGAUUAAGAGUGGCAUCAUUAAACGCAUAAAAGAAAAAGAAAAAGAGCGGGAUUCAUUUGAAAUUCAGAUAUCUAACGUCGAUCUUUCUCACAUUGAUGAAAGAGAAAAGAAUAUGCGACUUGAAGUUGAAAGAAAGACAAACCAACUUGCUGAAAGAGAAUUUGAAUCAAAUAUACGGCAAAAACAGAGUGAGCUGUAUAGUUUAGAGCAGAAGAUUAAGGCUCUUAAUCGGGAGAAAGAUAUCAUGGCUGGUGAUUCUGAGGAUAGAGUGAAACUGGCUUUGAAGAAGGCAGAGUUGGAUAAUCAUAAGAAGAAACAUAAAAAGAUAAUUGACGAGUACAAGGAUAGAAUUAGGGGAGUGCUGAAGGGCAGGCUUCCAUCUGACAAAGAUUUGAAGAAGGAAAUUGCUCAAGUCCUCAGGACACUUGAAAAGGAAUUUGAUGACUUGAGCAGUAAAUCCCGUGAAGCUGAGAAGGAGGUAAAUAUGCUGCAGAUGAAGAUGCAAGAAGUUAACAAUAACCUGUUCAAACAUCAGAAGGAUAUGGAAUCAAGAAAGAGAUUUAUUGAAUCCAAACUCCACUCCAUGGAUCAGCAAUCCUUAGGCAUUGAUACUUAUCUGAAAGUGUUGGAGACUGCUAAGGAGAAAAGAGAUGUCCAGAAAAGCAAAUACAAUAUUGCAGAUGGUAUGCGACAAAUGUUUGAUCCUUUUGAAAGAGUUGCCCGCGCUCAUCAUAUUUGCCCUUGCUGUGAGCGCUCUUUCUCUGCCGAAGAGGAAGAUGAAUUUGUUAAAAAACAAAGAGUUAAGGCUGCAAGUUCUGCCGAGCAUAUGAAAGUCUUAGCAUCAGAAUCAUUGAAUGCUGACUCAUUCUUCCAGCAGUUGGACAAGCUUCGUAUGGUUUACGAAGAAUAUAUUAAACUUGGCAAAGAAACAAUCCCUCUUUCUGAGAAAAAUUUGCAAGAGCUUAAUGAAGAACUAGAUUGUAAAUCUCAGGCCCUUGAUGACGUUUUAGGUAUUUUAGCACAAAUAAAAGCUGACAAGGACUCAGUAGAGGCCUUGGUACUGCCUGUUGAAACAGCUGAUAGGCUUUUCCAAGAAAUCCAAACUUGGCAAAAGCAAGUUGAUGAUUUGGAGUACAAGCUUGAUUUUCGAGGGCAAGGUGUUAGAACCAUGGAAGAAAUUCAGUUGGAGCUAAAUGGAUUACAGACCACAAAGGACACUUUGCAGAAUGAACUGGAGAAAUUAAGAGAUGAACAAAGAUACAUGGAGAAUGAUUUAUCAAAUAUUCAAAUAAGGUGGCACACAUUAAGGGAGGAGAAAGUUAAAGCAGCCAACACAUUACGUGAUGUUAAGAAGGCAGAAGAAGAAUUGGAGCGUCUGGCUGAGGAGAAAAGCCAAGUUGAUUUAGACGAAAAGCACUUGAAGGAGGCCCUUGGCCCCUUAUCUAAGGAGAAAGAAAAAUUACUGGGUGACUACAAUGAUUUGAAAGUUAAACUUAGCCAUGAAUAUGAAGAGCAGGCUGAAGGAAAGAGAAAUUAUCAACAGGAAGUUGAGACACUACUGAAGAUAACAGCUAAGAUUAAAGAGUAUUAUGAUAUGAAGAAAGGAGAGAGGUUAAGCGAACUGCAAGAAAAGCAACGUGUAUCAGAAUCUCAAUUUGAGGGUUGUGAAACAAGAAAGCAGGAAAUUUUAGCUGAGCUAAACAAAAGUAAAGACUUAAUGCGAAAUCAGGAUCAAUUAAGACGAAAUAUUGAGGACAAUUUGAAUUACAGGAAAACAAAGGCUGAAGUAGAUGAACUGACUCGCGACAUCGAAUCACUAGAAGAAAGAAUAAUGAAGAUUGGUGGGGUUUCUACAGUUGAAGCCGAACUGAGGAAGUUAUCACAAGAAAGGGAGAGACUUCUAUCGGAGUUGAACCAGUGCCGGGGAACUAUGUCUGUUUACCAGAGCAAUAUUUCAAAGAACAAAAUUGAUCUCAAACAUGCACAAUAUAAGGACAUUGAUAAGCGGUACUUUGACCAACUAAUCCAACUCAAGACGACUGAAAUGGCAAACAAGGACCUAGAUAGAUACUACAAUGCACUUGACAAAGCAUUAAUGCGCUUCCACACAAUGAAAAUGGAGGAGAUAAAUAAAAUUAUAAGAGAAUUGUGGCAGCAGACUUACAGAGGACAGGACAUAGAUUACAUAAGUAUCCAUUCAGAUUCUGAAGGUGCCGGGACUCGAUCCUAUAGCUACAGGGUCUUGAUGCAAACUGGUGAUGCAGAGCUAGAGAUGAGAGGAAGAUGUAGUGCUGGUCAGAAGGUCCUUGCUUCUCUAAUCAUACGAUUAGCUCUAGCUGAGACAUUCUGCCUUAACUGUGGAAUAUUAGCUCUAGACGAGCCUACUACCAACUUAGAUGGCCCGAAUGUAGAAAGUCUUGCCGCAGCUCUCCUUAGAAUUAUGGAGGAUAGAAAGGGGCAGGAGAAUUUUCAGCUGAUAGUAAUUACACAUGACGAGCGUUUUGCUCAACUAAUUGGUCAACGACAGCAUGCGGAACGAUAUUAUCGCGUAUCAAAAGAUGAUCAUCAGCAUAGUAUAAUUGAAUCCCAGGAGAUAUUUGAUUGAAGUUAUCCAUCUGCAAUGAGUUCUAGUAGAUGCACAAAGUGUCUGAUGAAAAUGAGACAUCGCAGCACAGCACAACACGUCAGAGGAUGCACAUUUGAGAUGGUCACUUGUAGAGAAUUCAAUAUGUUUUCUAUAUAAACUGUAAAGUUUUGUAGUAAAAGAAGUUGUUAUGCAUAUUUAGCCUUAUUUUCUAAUUUGCCUUGCCUCUGGGCAGUCCUUGUUUGGCUAUAUUUUGCCAAUUCUAUGGUUCUUCGGGUGCAUUAUGUCUCCACGUUAAUUUUUUUGAAAAUUAACAUAGUAUUGUAAUUUAAUGAUAUAUAUAUCUCCGAAUGUCUUUGAAGCGCUCAAGUAGCAGCAUUCCUGUCUUCCCAUGGCACAGUUCUUGUGUGCAAGUUGUCACUUGCCCAUUAUUAGCCCAAACUUAUUGGACAAAAACGUGGAUUUGAAGUCCAAGUUCAUGAAAA